UCCGGAUCCGGGACCGGAGCGGCCCGGGUCAUCGCCAGCCGGGUCCGAGCGCGAUCCGAGUGCAGCUAGAGUGUCUGAUCCUCGCUCGGUCAUGUCCAACUCUGUGGCGUCAUGGACCGAUCUGAGCAGCAUCUUGGAAUCGGAGGAGGGUAAAGCUUGCUUUUACGGCUAUCUUCGCUCCAUGGACAGCUGGGACAAUCGUCCUCAACGCUUCCACCGGCACAUCGAGCUGCUAGACGAGGUUGCGCUCUUCAAGCAGCAGGCGGACGGUACACAGAAGCGCGCCGACCAUAUCCUGCAGACCUACGUCACGCCGAACAGCGCAGCAGGCGGCCUGUGGCAGGCAGCGCCAUCUGCCGUCGAGCGUGAGAAAUUUGAGUUCCAGGUUUCGCCACAUGUGUUCGAUCCGCUCGAGGCGGCGGCUCGCGAGGCGCUGACGCCGUUCGUGCGGCAGUUUCUCGAGGACGUGAAGAGGAGCGGAGCUGCCAAGUCGGUGAAGCAGCGCGUGAAGGAGUCGGGGUACCAGGCGUUCUCUGAGCAGCUGCACGGCCGACGGAGCCGCGGCGGGUCUGGCACCUGCGCGCUGUGCUAGCGGUUGCGGCCUGUAGCGCCUCCGGCCGCCGCACUCGUGGCCACGCCGUCGGCCAUCGGAUCCGGCAAGCGCUGCGCCUGCGCCACCUGUCCGCUGAUGUCAGAGGCCGCCGCUGCCGGAUUGAGCCGAAGCGGGAGCCAGCUCCACUGGUCUCGGUCUCGUGACGAGGCAUUAUGCGUAAGCGCUGCUGUCUGUCACUCUGAUCACACCUGUUGUCAGUCUUGUGUUCCGCAAGAGAUCAUGAGAGGCGCCUGGAGG